GCGAUCUCGAUUGUUCAGAGUCGACUGUUAUCAAAUGACGUCGGCUGGUUCGUAAAUUCACGCCGCAGCGGGGCCUAGAUCUCAUUCAUAUUUUUCUCGUGGCCGGUGUGUUCAGGGGAAAGAGAGCUUCCAGGGGUUUAACCACUUGUUUCUCCAGCGAGCGCCGAGCAAUCUAAACAAUCGAGAUGACUGAGACGGAGAAUGUUUUCCUGUUUGUUCCGAAUUUAAUUGGAUUUGCUAGGGUGAUCCUAGCAAUCAUUUCAUUCUACUUCAUGCCAACAAAUCAUGUAAUUGCGAUAUGGUGCUAUGUGAUAAGUGCUCUGCUGGAUGCUGUCGAUGGACAUGCGGCCAGGUACUUCAAUCAGAGCACAAAAUUCGGAGCAAUGCUCGAUCAAUUGACUGAUCGAGUUGGAACGAUGUGUCUUCUCGUGAAUUUGAGUAUGUUCUACCCGGCAUAUGCCUUCUGGUUUCAGCUCAGCAUGGCCAUCGAUAUAUCUUGUCACUGGCUGUACUUGCACACGACGAUUUUGCAGGGAAAAACCAGUCACAAAUUCAUUGAUAUGUCAGGUAAUCCCAUCAUGAGGGUUUACUAUACGAAUAAACUCGUGUUAUUCUUCAUGUGCGCUGGAAACGAGGCAUUUUACGCCGCCCUGUAUCUUCUGCAUUUCACCGAAGGACCUACAUUGCUCGGCGUGAGUCUAUUCAGGGCUGUGAUGUACAUUUCCGCUCCCAUAGCCAUCGUCAAGACUGCAAUAUCCGUUAUCCACGGAUACGUUGCUUCCUUGAAUCUCAGUACGAUCGACGUAAAAGAGCGCGAAGCACUUCGUAAAACCAAAUAAGACAUUUUUCAUUCUGUCCUUUCUGUUCCUAGUCAUUGUUCAUUACUCCUGGUUUAAUUGUGAAUUUCAGACCAUAGGAAAUGAGUAAAAGGUAACAAAUCCACAUCCCCACUGAGGAUUUCGAGAAUAUAUCUGUGAGAUUCAGAUAUAUUUUUGCUACCCUUUGCCCGUUUGCUACCGAAUCCAAUCGAUUGUGAUUAGAUCUGAGGGGAAUUCUUGAAAAUUGUACCUGUUCCACAGUGAUAACACAUUUGUGAGUGAUAACUGCUGCUGCAGAUGUAUGAAAUGACUAAUAAAAAUCCUAGCGUCUAA